UGUUUAGUCGUUUGCGCAUGCGCGUUUUCUUCUUCGUUUACGGAAGCACCUGCAAGGGAGCCGAUGGCUUUUUCAUUUUAACAAAAAUGCUGCACGGCAAAUAAAACAAUAUGCUCUGCUAUGCAUUGCUGGCGUUGUUAUCGGCGUUCUUGGCUGUAUUUUUUUGCCCUCGCCAGUGGUCGUUAUAUUCAGAAAGCAAAUCAACUCAGGGGCCACCUACGCGACUUUUGAAUAGUCAAGAAUUGGCGUUAUAUAACGGCGGAGAAGGAAGCAAGGGUAUUUACCUGGCAAUAUUAGGCCAGGUAUUUGACGUACAUAGUGGCCUCAAACAUUAUGGGCCUGGUGGUGCAUAUCAUUUUAUGGCAGGUAAAGAUGCAUCACUGGGCUUCAUCACGGGCGAUUUUACAGAAAAUGGCUUGACAGAUGAUGUGUCCAGUUUGUCACCAUUGCAGGUGGUAGCUCUGUUUGACUGGCUGCUCUUCUAUCAGAAGACCUACCAAACUGUAGGUUUGCUCAUAGGACGGUUCUAUUCUGAAAGUGGAAAGCCCACAGAGUUUCUAUUACACGUUGAGUCAUUGCUUGCAACGGGCCAGCAACUCAAAGCCAAGACAGAGGCGGACAUGCUUCGCUUCCCUGCCUGUAACUCGGAGUGGAGCUCUGCAAGGGGAGGGAGGGUCUGGUGCUCCACCAAAAGUGGUGGAGUUGAACGAAGCUGGACAGGUGUUCCUCGAAAACUAUUUUCUGCAGGUGCUAGUGGGUACCGUUGUGUUUGUGUGGAAGAUCCAUCUGCAGCCAGGGAGAACCCCAACCUGCAGGAGUAUGAUGACUGCUCGAUGCAUGCAGUCUCCUGCUCUUCACUUGAAUAGUUUCAAAAAUGGACAACGAGCAUAACUGGGUUAUACUUCACAAAAACGACAAGGGGGUGGGGGGGGGGGGGGGGUGAAGAAAAGAUUGUUUUAAAUGAUCUUUAUGUAAAGUUGUCUGUAUAAGGAUACACUUGUAAGAGACGGGCUAGAUAUCUGAGCAUACAGAUACGAUACAAUGUGCAUAAAAGAUUUUACAAUGUGCAUAAAAGAUUAACAGAGGCAAGAUUUAAGUCUGUCACAAUGGCAAUCACAAACUGCAUUAAGUACAAAAAUGGUAGCAGUGGUCAAAAAUAUCACACAUUUAUCUGUACAAUUUAACAAUGGUCGGCUACGCCUAUCAUUCUCACUCCCCAAAACCAUUGGACAUGUCAUGUGAUCUUUAUAAAGUGCACCUGUUGGAUUUAGAAAAAUCAAAGCAGUAAAUGUGUCAGGUCGAGACAACUCGACUUGAGGCAUUAUCGUCAUCGCAACUGGUCAAGUCAAAACUGGAAUGUACUCAUGCUGACUGAUUUAAAAAAAAAAAGAAAAAAAAAGACAUGAUUAUGAAAUGCUACAAAUUAUAGUACACGCAGGCAUAUAGUUGCUCGUCAGUA